GGACGCGAGCAGCCGGAGCCGGACACGGGCAGCGCCGCUCCCGCUACCACCUCUUGUUUUCGGGUCCUCGAAACUCUCGUCCUUGCACGCUGACGGGUCGGUCCGGAGCCUCCGGGCGCCCUCCGUGUGGCCGCGAGGUAAUGAUGGCUGAACUGAACAAUUAAGGUUUCUAAAGUCAGAGAUCUUGAGAUUAAUAAUGGCAGGAAAGUCAUCACUUUUUAAAAUAAUUCUCCUUGGAGAUGGUGGAGUUGGAAAGAGUUCUCUAAUGAACAGAUAUGUGACUAAUAAGUUUGAUACCCAGCUUUUCCAUACAAUAGGUGUGGAAUUUUUAAAUAAAGAUUUGGAGGUGGAUGGACAUUUUGUUACCAUGCAGAUUUGGGACACGGCUGGUCAAGAGCGAUUCAGAAGCCUGAGGACACCAUUUUACAGAGGGUCUGACUGCUGCUUGCUUACUUUUAGUGUUGAUGAUUCUCAAAGCUUCCAGAAUUUGAGUAACUGGAAGAAAGAAUUCAUAUAUUACGCAGAUGUGAAAGAGCCCGAAAGCUUUCCUUUUGUGAUUUUAGGUAACAAAAUUGACAUAAGUGAACGGCAAGUGUCCACAGAAGAAGCCCAAGCCUGGUGCAGGGACAACGGUGACUAUCCUUACUUUGAAACAAGUGCAAAAGAUGCCACGAAUGUUGCAGCAGCCUUUGAAGAAGCAGUUCGAAGAGUGCUUGCUACUGAGGAUAGGUCAGAUCACUUGAUUCAGACAGACACAGUCAGUCUGCACCGAAAGCCCAAGCCUAGCUCAUCUUGCUGUUGAUGGUUAGAGAGGUUGCCCGCGUGUUCUGACCAGCUCACAUAUAUAUGCAGAUAAACACAGGGUGGAGGAAUUAGCAUUUGCAGCAAUGGAUCACCUACUUAUAAAAUUAAACUAACCAUAUGGCUGCCUCAUUAGUGGGUAGGAGAAGGGACACAUCCACUCACAGACGAAUCUAUUUACCCAUUAAUGGCACCUUACAUUUAUAUAUUGUAACGGUUGUCUAAUAAUGUUUAAUUAUGUAAGUUACAGAGCUAAUGAGAUGAUCAAAAUUUAAUUUUAAUUAAAACAAAACACUUGAAUAUUCUAGAAGUUAUUGUUUUUUUUCCUGGGAAAAAUGGAGAACUACUUUUUAUAUGUGUAUAUUUUUAUGUAACUGGCAUCUAAUUCCUGGUUCAAAGAAAAAAUUCCCUAAAGCAAUAACAGCUAUUAAAGAUUAAAAUCUAAUACAUUUGUACUGCA